AUGUCACCACCACCACCUUCACCACCAGGGUCUCCAGCCGAUGAGUCAGGCGAAUCAUCUCCUUUUGAAGACGGAGAUGAGCAGGCUGGUGGCGACGAUACAGUAACUAUAUCAGACAUGGGACCGCAGGCCCAGCCUCCGGCUCAACCUCAGGAUAGCCCACCAGAGGCGCGGGAAAGUCAUCACUACACCAGCACGUCUUCUCCAAGUCCACCUCCGGCGGACGUGCCCCCUUUUGACUGGGAUUAUUUUGAGUCACGAUAUGAAAAGGCAUUACAAGAAGCCGAAGAGGAAGAAAAUGAGAUUCUCAAAGAAGCUGAAGCUCUUGCCAAGUACUUUCGAGCAUGGGCAUCUGCGGCUUCAGCGCACGAUGAUGACCGUGCUGUGAAGAGGCUACGUACCAGACAGCGAUUUGUGAACUUGGCCGAAGAAAAAAUGGCCCAGAAACAAAAGCACUCGGCAUCCAUUUUGCACAUGAGAAUGGCGGAAGCAGGAACCAGCAAUUGGCAAGACCUGGUCGGGAGCUUGCGACUUUCGCAUAAUGAAUUGUUCGAGUUCCAUGAGAGCCACUUUUCUGCUGAUGCCGUAGCCAAUUUUGGCUCUGUUUUUUUAAAUGCCACAGAAAAGCAAGAGACAUACGAAUCUCAUACAGGGGAGGAUUGGAACGGCGAGGUUGACGAUGGCCUUGGCUACUACGAAGACGGAGUGAAGCGCACUCUCACGGAUGAACAGAUUGAGAUAUUCCGACAUUCAGAGUUGAGACACCUUGAACGUCAACAGGAACACGCCAAAUCAUCAAAGUCAAUUGGCAGCAUGACAGGACGAAGUCAACUGACUUCAAUGGAACGCAACAACGCGGUUAACCUUGCAACACGCAGCAGCAAGAAAAAGAAGAAGAAGGCAAGGAGUGAAAAGCAAGACGAUCCUAAACCCGACUUGAGAAAACGCACAUGGGACGUUGUGGAUGCUGGACUGGAUUCUUUGGACUACGAUUAA